UAAAGUAUACACAUAUUUAUGUGCGUACAUAGAUGGAAAAUGUAGAAGUAGUUAAGCCGUAAAUCAAGUUCUACUUGGUUAUCAAGCUGUUAAAACACCUCCUGACACUGCAUGGAGCUUAUUUCACGGUCGAGCUGCUCGUGAAUGACAAACUCAACAUAACAAGACGAGUGGUACAUACAAGAGUAUAUAGGGCAUUCUAACGGCAAGAGCUUCUCGAUUCACGCCCACAAUGUCGUUACACUCGCAUGCUGUAAUAUUUAUUAUUAUCGCACUACCUGCAUACGGAUCGGGUUUCAGUGCAUUCAGCGGACGCCGAGCUGCUGAAUAUGAAAAUUCAAUUUGUGAGCCGAAUAAAAAACAUUUAGACUUGGAUGGUUGCGCUGAGUGCAUUUGUAAGAGCCACGGGUAUGGCAGUUUGUGCGAACAAGUUACAUGUUCUAAAACUUUCAAGAGACCGAUUCAUGAUCGAGAAUGUACACCACUAGAAGAUUUUUCAACCUACUGUCAUUACUGUAAAUGUUCAGCGGGUGGAAUACCAGUGGACUGUCGUGAAAAAAGACGCGGAUGUAUGGACGAAUUAAUGGAACGUUUGCACAUAAAAAGACUUGAAAGAAGAGCGCGACGCAAUAUGCGAAUCAAAGAAGAUAAACUGAAUCGUCCUUUAGAUCGUUCUCUUUUCCUCAGUCUCUUCUAAUCAGUUAAUAAUUAUAUUCAUUAUAAUUAAAUAAACAAAUAAAUAAUCUCCCUACAACUGUGUAAUUUGAGUUAAUUAAAAAUA